AUGGUUUUUAGAUCACCACUCAAUGAUAAAGAAAAGGAGACAAAUUCUGAUGAAAAAGAUAAAGAAUCUGAUGAUAGUGACACUGACACUAUUAAAGACGUCGAUGAAAAAAUAGAAAACAUUGAUAACCCCGAAACGAUUCCAGACAGAAAUGAGAGAGGCGGAGCUUUUAGUCUGACUCAGUCAAAAUUCAAUGACCUUUUCGAUAAUUUCAAUUUAAAAAGUUCAACCAGAUAUUCGGAGGACCUGAGAGAACCUGCUCAGCGUCGACCGGAAAAGGAUAUCAAGGAUAUGAACGAAUUUUUUGAUAAUCUUCGAAUUUCGGCUAGUGAUACCACUGGUCCUCCACCAAAACCGAAUAGAGACAGUCUUAAAUUGAAUUUUGGGGGUUAUAUCCCAACUCCCAAUAGAAAAUCAGUCAAAUUCAGUGAAGUGGAUCCACGUAAACAUUUGUCAACCAUUGCAGAAGAAAGUCAUUACUUGAGUCAAAGACGUGUGUUGGACAAAGAAGAGGGUUAUAAUACGGUUGACAUAACUUCUGAUGAUUUCACAGAUUUUAAUCUGCCUAAUCAGGCAAUGUCGACGCGACAGUUGGAUCAAGAUGCAACAAAUGACUAUGAGAUUAGACGACAAUUUCUUCGUCGCCUUAAAUCCAUUCCAAAAUUUGAUGAGGUGUUGACCAGUCAAUUAGAAAACAUGCGUCAAGAAAAGGAUGAAUCAUUGGCCAAAUACGCCGAACGUGCAAGAAAAAUGCUUCAAGAGAAAAAUUCUGUUUAUAAAGUUUUGACAGAAGAUCAAAAACUGGAACAUAAUCGAAUGGCCCGUAAAGCGUUUGCGAAAGGUAUACAAAAUGGCAAAUUAAAAACCAGACUUAUUACGCGUGGUGCCAGCUCAUUAGAGGAUGCAAUUGCUUAUGCAAUCGAAGCAGAGAACGAUGAAUUGUAUGAAAUUCCUAAACAGGAAUUGUAUUGCAAGCAUUGUAGGUCAAACGGUCAUCGGGAAAAUGAAUGCCGCAUUAAAAACGCGAAUAAUAAUGGAUUAAAUACACUGGUGUCCGCACUACAGUCAUUCAGUGCAAACAGAAUUCCUAUGAGAAACAACCGCGGUGAUUCUAAUCGAUUUAAUCAGGGUUGGAACAAUAAUAAUAAUGAUAAUAAUAAUAAUAAUAAUCGAUUUAACAAUCAAAAUUGGAACACACGUAAUAAUAAUAACCAACCUAAUCAGAACUGGCCUGCUAGAAAUAAUAAUUCCAAUCCUAACAAUAAUUCCAAUAACAACCGAAAUCGGAACUGGUCCGAUCAAAGGGUUAAUCAACAGCAACCCAACCAGAAUCGUUUUCCACAGCGCAAUGAUAAUCGUACAAAUCAAAGAUUAAGUAACAUCCUUUUGGGUGAUUUUGAACUUUCUGAUGAUGAGUAUCUUUCGGAAAACUAG